UCAGAUGGCAGAUAUACUAAGAAAGUGAGAGACAUGUGGAAGAGGAGAGACUGCUGGCCGCUGCUGCUGCUGCUGCUGCGAGGAUAAGCUGUGAAGAAUCGAAUUGUUGACUGGACCGGACCAGCAGGCCCUAAAUUCAUUUAAUUAGACUAGCGUUCUAUUCUGAGAGUAAAUAUAAUGACUUCAGAGCUUGGCUGAAGUCAUUCUGUGAUUUCUGGUCUGUUUCUGAACCCCCUGGAUAUCAAGGACAGAGUGGGAUCCUCUCCAGAUUUGGUGGAACAAUAGAUACAUGUGAAUCAGGCAGAAACAUGAAGAUAUUCACAGCUUUUUUUCUUUUCUUUCCUGGGAUGAUAGAGUGGCUCUGCCCCUAACAGAAGAGGACAAGUGGAAGGAGCCUGAAGAAAAUCAUGCAAAAAUUUGGUUAAAAAUAAACCUGGAAGCUUCAGAAAAGAAGGGAGAGCGAUAAAAAUCCACAUUUAUCAAAAAAACCUGAACAAAAGGAGUUGAGGACUGAUACCAAGUUUUUGCCCAGCAGAGCUCUGCACCUCUGUGAGCUGGCUCGGUUUUGCAUGUGCCAGGCUGGUUAUGUGAAGCCCCCCUGGCUGUGUUCCACUGCGGCAUGAGCGUAGGACGGGUCCACCACCACAGCUUUCUGUCCUGUGAAGAAGAGGGACUCAGACUGAGCACCAUGCCGGCUGUGGGCAGUUUUGGCAACGGCAAGAUCCAAACAAGACGCAAAGGCCACAGCCGGUUUGUCAGCAAGACCGGCCAAUGCAACGUCCACUUCUCAAACAUGGACGAGAAGUCCCAAAGGUAUAUGUCGGACAUUUUUACCACUUGUGUGGAUAUCCGCUGGCGAUACAUGUUCCUGCUGUUCAGCCUGGUGUUCGUUGUGUCCUGGCUGAUGUUUGGGAUGGCCUUCUGGGCCAUCGGCCUCCUUCAUGGUGACAUGGAAAGUAGCAGAGAGGAGGACAGUUUUGUUCCCUGUGUUACACAAGUCAAAACCUUCGUGGCCGCCUUUUUGUUUUCCAUCGAGACCCAGACGACUAUUGGUUAUGGAGCUCGCUAUGUGACGGAGGAAUGCCCAGCAGCUGUCUUCAUGGUGGUGUUUCAAUCAAUCAUGGGCUGCAUCAUUGAUGCCUUCAUGAUUGGUGCCAUCAUGGCCAAAAUGGCAAGGCCCAAAAAGCGUGCAGAGACUCUUCUAUUCAGCCACAAUGCAGUGAUUGCCAUGCGAGACGGGAAGCUGUGCCUCAUGUUCAGGGUUGCUAACCUGAGGAAGAGCCACAUUGUAGAGGCCCAUGUUAGGGCUCAGAUGGUAAAGCCCCGCUACACAGAAGAAGGCGAGUACAUUCCCCUGGAUCAGAUCGACAUGAAUGUUGGCUAUGACAAAGGCACAGACCGAUUGUUUUUAGUCGCCCCCCUCACUGUCAUCCAUGAAAUCGAUGAAGAAAGUCCUCUGUUUGGCAUCAGCAAGCAAGAUCUGGAGACCGCAGACUUUGAGAUUGUGAUCAUCCUGGAAGGGUUGGUGGAGGCUACGGCAAUGACGACGCAAGCGCGGAGUUCCUACCUGCCCUCUGAGAUCCUGUGGGGCCACCGGUUCGAGCCCCUCAUCUUCGAGGAAAGGAGCCAGUACAGAAUCGAUUAUGCAUACUUUCACAAAACUUUUGAGGUGUCAUCCACCCCCAGGUGCAGCGCCAAAGACAUGGAGGAGAGGAAGUUUCCAACAUCAGGCGCCAACUCCUUCUGCUAUGAGAACGAGCUGGCAUUCAUCAGCAGGGAUGAGGAUCUGGACGGAGAUGCGGAGAAAGACAAAGACAAAAGGGGCUCAUCGGAGUUAAGCACCUCUGAACGCAAUCAACCAUCUUCCCGAAGAGAAUCAGCACUUUAACCUUUACCUGCUGACAGAGGGGCUGUUGAAGUAGCUCAGAUUGUGGACGUUAUUCUGUCGACACAGGAACACCAAUGAGGACAGCUUUGUUACUGCUGCCACACAGGGAUUACCUUUUUAGAUGAUUCUUGAGCUUUAUUAGAUGCUAAUGAAAACUGUCAUGUUUCACUGCAGAUGAUCCUCCUCCUCAGAUCUAGGAAAUCAUCAUGGUUUUAUAUAUGUGUGUUUUAAAGUAACGCUGCAAUGGGACUAUCUGUAGAUGCAAAAGAUAUAUCUUUGCAGUGAAUAUUUAUAUGUAGUAAACCAAAUUUGUACAAUAUUGUACUAAGCUACUUCAGUAAGAAACACAUUUCCAUCUCAAUUCCAUAUAGCUGAUAAAGACUAUAUAAAGUGAAGUAUGUCAACUUUGUAGAAUAACACAUAAAACACAAUAAGGUAAAAUUAGAUAAUCUCCUGAAAAACUGAACUGCUUUGAUUCAAAGUACACCUUAAGAUAAAAAAAACUAUAAGGAUAUUUAAAAUAUAAUUAUAACAUAAUGCAAUGAACCAGCACAAAGCAGUGGAUGGGUAUCUUAGGAAAAUAAAUACAAUGAUUUUUUUACUCUUAAAAAUAUACAGAUGAGAUUAAUUUAGCCCCCUUCUCUUUAUUAACCCCCCCCCCCCAAAAAAAAAAAGAAAAUAAGUCUAUUACAAGCAUUUGCCUACGUUCAUUCAUCCAGCCGUCUGUCUGUUCGUUGAUUGCUUUUUAAUAUUCGUUUUUGUAGUGUUGCACAGGAGCAGGUGCCAAUUUCCAGCGCUUAUGGGACAAGAGUUGGGGUACAUCUGGACAGGUCUAUUUUUUUUUUUAUUUCAUUUUAUGUAUCAUUUAUUUGACUGGGACAGUGCACAUUAUUAAGCAUCGCUGCAAAUGCACCAGAAUUAGCCAAGAGGCUAUUUUUCAUCUAUUGUCCCUGGACAGAUCUUAAAAUUGUCGACCUAAAAAAACACAACAGUAAGAAUUUCACCAACCUAAUUAACUUCAAAUUGAAUUUGACAAUAAAUUGAGUUUUAAUCUAGAACACAAUUGAAAAAUAAACUUUUACUACAUCCAAAAGGCUAUGCUGAGUAACACACAUGCUGCACUUCUAAACAUCCUCGAAAAAGCAUAAAACCAUUUUCUUCAACAGCCAGGGACAAUAGUCAGGACUAACAGAGAGAUUGAUGCAGCCAAAAAACAGAGCAGUUCUUGCACAUGAGCUGAGAUAUAAUUUUCAGUUUCUAGCAGUAUAAAGCUUACGGAGGAAAAACCCAAACUAACUGCAGCUCUGUCUGCAGUAGAUAUAAUUCUAUAAAGUACAGUCUAAACCUCAAUGUAUGGCACACAUAUUCAUUCAUAAGAAGAAUUCUAAACAGCUUUCCCCAUUCAUCUGUAUGUCCUUCUUGGUGUUUUAUGAUAAAAUCCUUCUAAAAUAUAAUGGAGGGUACAACAUGGUAAAACAUGGGAAAUGUUCAAGAGGUGUGAAUAUUUCUUUAUGUCAGGUUACCUUCAUUAUGCCGGACAUUGUUGGGCACCAGCCACACAGCACAUAUAUUACAGUUUAUUCAAUCAGCGAUAGGAGAUUCUUUGCUCUCAAUUUUAUUUUUAUUUUUUUUUAUUCGGGCUCAUGGGAAAUCCUAGGGUUUGGGUGCUUUGAAAGAUGAAGGAUAAAUUGGCUCAAUUGCUAAAACAAAAUAUUAAAAUAAUAUAAUUUUAUGUGGUUUUAGCAUUUUGUAGUUUUUUUUUUUUUUUUUUUAUCCAGACAAAUCAACCCAUGGGGCCCCUUAAACAGAAACUCGCCCAGCAUUAAGUUAAAGAUCCAGAGAUAAUUGCUUCCAUCACCUCAUUGAGUAAAAAGGCCCAAAGAGCCCUGCUGCAGAUGAGCUGGAGAAGCUCUGCUGUGGAUCACAUACUAAUGGCAACAUGGGUUACAGCUGCUGAUGAGGGUUUCCUGGUAUGGCAGUCAGGGCUUCACAGAAAUCAGAACUACUUUGCACUUUAAAAUAUUUUCUUUUAUUGUUUUACUUUUUUUCAUUUUGAUUACAAGUAAGGAAGCACCUGGUUGUGCAGUGAAUGUAAAUAAAUAGACAAAAUGUAUAUUUAAUGACACAUUGAAAUUAUGAUUGAUAUGAACAAAAAAAUGUCCCCAUUUUUAAACAUUUUCCU